CUUUGGUUUUUUUGUUAUUGUUUCGGGUUAUUGGAGCAACUGAGCCUGCAGAGGAAAGUGCGUGUGUAUCGCUCAUGUUUUUGUUGUUGUUUUCUCCCACAUUGUGACUCCUGUAUCUGAUAUAGAGACGGCUCGUCUAGACUGUUUACAGAGACGCGAGGGCGAUAAAGCCUGCCUUCCUUUAGUGUUGCCAUGGAAAACACUUGGCAGGUCGAGUUCAGAAACGUGGGCUGCAGUUACUUCCCUCAGAGCAGAGUCGAUUGCCACUACACACUGAGCUCACAGCACAACUGGGCCAGCAAUGACUGGAUAGGACUCUUCAAGGUGGGAUGGCUGUCAGUGAAGGACUACCACACCUUUGUUUGGGCAAUGGCCCCGGCUGACUAUCAAGAGGGCAUGGAUGUCAACUGCUGUGUGCACUUCCAGGCCUCCUACCUACCCAAGACCAGCUCCCAAGAUUAUGAGUUCGUAUACAUCGACGCAAAGGGGGAAGUUUGCUCCCGCAGCUCCACAUUUAGUUUCUGCGCUCCAAAGCCCCUUGAGGAUCUGGUGACCUUUGAGGAGGAGCCCCAUGGUGAGGAAGGAGGCACAGGCAUGCUGCUGGUAGUGCCCAGGGCUGAACUGCUGCAGAGUCGACUGCAGGAAUGUUUGCGAGAGCGCGCUGAACUGCUGCAGGCGCAGGAAGCGGAAAACAAGCACAGGGAGAAAGAGAUGGAAGAUUACAAGAGGGCCAGGGAGGCCUGGGACAGACGACGCAGAGGGCUGGAGAGUGAAACCGCCAGGCUGAAGGACGAGCUGAAGCAGAGUCAGGAGAUGCUAGAGGAGAUGGAGACGGAGCACAACGAGAAGCAGGCUUUUGGAGAAUCACUAGCCCAGGAGAAAAGUGCUUUAUUGGAUGCGAGGGAGGCGAGCAAAGUGAGAAUCAAAGAGCUGGAGGAGGAUAUGAAAACCCUGACACAGAGAGCCGUGGAAAGAGAGACAGAGUUGGAAAGGAUGAAGGAAAGAGUAAAGAGGGCAGGAGCUCAGAAAAAUGAAGAGGAUAGUGAGAAAAAGAGCCUGCAGACCAAGCUUGAACAGACAGAAGGUGAACUCCGAAGUCUGUCGAAGGAGUUUCAGGUGCUGAGGACUUCGCUGGCUCAGAGAGACACGAGUGUUCUGCAGCUCCAAAACAGCAUCACCACCCUCACCCAGAAACUCACCACUGCACACAGGAAAGAGGCAGAGAACGAGGCCACACUGAAGGAGAUGUGGAGCCUGCGGGAGCGUCUGAACAUGAGCGAGCGCGCUGCAGAGGGCUUAAAGAGUGAUCUAAAUGCCAUGGUGGCCCAGAGGGAUCAUGGGCAGGCGGAAUUGCAUCAGGCUCGUCUGCAGGCUGCACAGCUCACACUUCAGCUUGCUGAUUCCAGUCUGGCCAUGAGAGAGGGAAGAGCCCGCUGGACCCAGGAGAGGCAGAAUCUCCAGCGCAUUGCAGAGAAGAACCACGAGAGUCUGGAGAAAUACAACGCUGAGAUGCAGAAGAUGGAGGAGAGGCUGCAGGACGAGAGGAUGGAGAGAGUGAAGCUGGAGGUCGAGCUCGGCAGGGAAAAGGACUGCAACCGGGUUCAGCUGGGGGAAACCCGCAGGGAGCUCCAGGAGCUGAAGGCCAGCCUGAGGGUCGCCCAGAAAGAGAAGGAGCAGAUACUUGCAGAGAAACAGGAGUUGAUGGAGUACAUCUGUCAGCUGGAGCAGAAGAUGGGAACAAUGGUCAGAGCCAAGUGGAGUGCUGCCCCGAUUGCCUCUACAGGGCGGCCUGGCAGUGCAUUAUCCGACUCUGAGGACGAGAACCCAGAGGCUCUGCAGCCCCUCCGCCCAGCAAGACCUCUGGGUCACUACAGCUUGUGUGAGCAGGGCCAGUCAAACUUCCUGCUCCUUGCCCCCCCUCCUUCCUCCCCAAGGGAGGCGGAGAGUUGUGCGGUGGUCAUCAACCAGCCAGCCCCGCUCUCCUCGCCACACCAGGCCGACGCUGACACUUUGCCGCACAGCUCUGAUUCGGUGAGACACGCUAUUCGAGCCAUUCAGCGUCAACAUAGUGUAAUUGCAUGCGAUACUGAAAAUGAGGAGGAGGAAGCUGAUACACUUCAGUGCGGAAGGCUCAGCUCUGAAGAGGAAAGAGCACUUCUGCUGCCAGAGCACACUGCCACUGUUAUCAGUGAUCUGGCCGACACCUCGCUAUGGUAACCAGUGGACACUAAGCCAAGGCGGGCGAUCAAAAAGAGAAGAAGGAUUUUUAUUUGAGUUAAUGUGGUUCCACAUUACUUCCACUAACAAGCACAUAUACAGCUCACUCACUACACACACAAAAUGUUAAUAUGCAAUUAUUGUAUCUGCAGUGAACCUUGAUUUUCCCCUCUUAGACUGUUGUGUUAUCGCCCUUGCUGUUAGUUGUUAGGAAUGACAUAAUGCUCGUGGUGGCAGGUCAACACCGUGUUUAUGACAGACAUAAGGCUGGUGCACAGUAUGAAACGGCGUGCUUUUGGGCUCAGGCGUUUGAGAGUUUGCAGGCUGUAGUAGAAUGAUUUCUGUUGAAUCAUUGCUAUGUCGAGGGCUUUACGAUGGAUGUUAUGUCGUUUUUAUGACUUUUGUGAUUAGGAGUCAUGACAGGCACUGUAAUUAUGAUGUUUUGUGUGGGCCCGGCUCCUCUUGAAAUCAUGGCAAAACUCUCUUCCAGCAUUAAAUUCUCCACAGCAGCUUUGAACGCUAUUCACGGCAACAUAAAGUUAUGAUACAGCAUCGUGCUAGAAUUAUAUUGCAGUAAUGUAGGUUCAUGGCAUCAUAUUUCUCCUCCAUUUACCCAGAAGUAAGAUUUGAUAUGCACUUUCUUGUACGCAGUAGAAGUUGAUUGUUUUCAUGCAGAUGCAGUUAAGGAGAUAUAAUGAUGCAGACGCGCUGUCGGGUGGAGAUGCAUUUGAAAUAGAAAGCCUAUUGAACAGAUUGUGUUUAAAGUCUAUUAAAUAGAUGCCAGAUGCAACUUUCUACUUCAGUACCUUUAUUUCACCGUUAUUAUAAUAUUAAUGCUCAUAAGCUCUUUACCAUUUAUCAGCUGCUGUUUUUACUUUGUAAUGAUCUUGGAUUCCGUAAUUAUUUAAAUUAAAUGCUAAAUUACUAGCUGGCCGUUUAGAUAUUUAGUGUUUGUAACGGUUUGUAUUGUACAGAAAUCUUGCAUUCAUGCAGUUCUAAAUUUGUUCCUAGAAUAAUUUAAAAAAUAAUCAAAGAAAAAAAGCUUUAUAGAUCCCGACAUCAUGACAUGGUGUUGGUAUAUUUCCCCUAGCCCUAUGGCAAUAUAAUGCCAAAUAAAAAUCGCUGCCUACCUUUUAAUCAAUACUGUAUGCAUUUUUCAUGAUUUUUCUAUUUAUAAUUAACUUGGGCUAUGCUGCAAUGAAACUAUAUGCAGGUUUAGUCUUUCACGCAACUCUGUGCAAUGUGUGAAAAAGUUUUCAAUGCUUGGCUAAAAAUAUUUGCUAGACACUUUGAUGCUUGAUGAUUUCAUCAGCUAAAUUUGCACCCUAUUUUUACUAUAGAAGAGUUUUUAGAUGAAAAGUAGAUUUACGGAUACUUUAUAUGUCAGUCGUGUGUCCUUUCAUCAUUAUCUUAGUCAUUACCAUUGUGUGUUGUGUUUACGUAUAUUUUAUUUACACAUUCUAUUCUUACAUUCUGCUUUAAAAAACGUACUUUGACUAUAAAGAUUUGAGUUAUAUUGUUUCGAGAUAUUGGUGCUAAUGAAAGGGAAUGAAACCGGCAUGUUGAGUUUAAAGUGGAGGAAAUUAAUUGAUUGAUUAAACAGGAUUAUGAAAGUACUCACGAAAGGAGUUCAUGUCUGUCCAACCUCUCACUUACCUUGUGUCACUGCGUACUCUGGUGUUGCAGUACAUGUUGAUUCUCCUUGUAAAGAAGUGGGAAUGUUUUAAGGAGCCUGGUAUUCUUUCCCAGAAGAUAGCACACUACACUACAUGUAUCCUCCAUAGUCCUUGUUUGUGGUUGUAAUCUGACUUUAUGUCUUAGGGAAGUUAUUCUUUUGUUAUCCCACUGAGAGUUUAAGGGACGAGUGCUCUUCAUCGGGACACGUCUCCGGUUGCAAUAAAGCUCCAGUGGUUAUGGUUUGUUUUGAAGUUUUGUGUGUGAAGGUUAUCCCACAUGUACUGUGUAUUUUCUUAUCAGUCAUGUACCGGGGUUUGGGUGGGGUUACGUAUAAUAAAGAGGUUUAUGUAUCCAUUA